AUGGCCAGCCGACCAAGAAGAAACCAACCCGGGAGUCGCUCCGACUUUCCGUGGUACAAUUUUCCACAAAAUGUUUGGCCCGAGAUUUACACAAGAUGGAAUGCAAAGGUUGAUUGGCUAAAGCAACGAAAAGUUCAUGUGCCUACAGUGGUCGAUUGGCAGUGGAUUAGCGAAACCGGAUUGUUGGAAGCAAUUGAACCUUAUCUUGAUAAAACGUGUGAUGGAAUUCAUGGGAAAUUUCUUUGUCUGGGGUGGAGACGGAUAUUCCACAUUCAAGAGAUCGUGUACAAGGAACUAGUCAUCAAGUUUCUAGCCACAAUUUCUUUUGCACGGAAGGAUGGCAUUUAUGCUGACAACAACCUCACUUUUUGCCUCGGCGGCGAGAGGCGCACUCUUAGCCUUGCGGAUUUUGCACUAAGGACGGAGAUUUACCUUCCGUCCGAAGUUCAUUUCGAACCUUAUCAAAAAUAUAUUGCAGGUUGUGUGAGAAAUACAGAUGGGUUUAAAGCAGAAACGCAUUGGAAUGCAAUUGCAAAUGGAGUUUAUGAUAAGGGAACUGCGCAAGAGAGUGACAUCCGCUCUCCUGUCCAUAGAUUGCUGCACCGCCUAAUCACCAACACUAUUAAUCAAUGA